GUGCACAAAACAGUGAUGGACACCUCGAGGAUUGAAGGCCGUGCAUGAGACUGAUGGCACCCCAGGAUGAAAAGAGUCCAACUCACCACAUCGAAGAGAAAAAGGUGGUGAAAGUGGAGCGGAGCAAAGCAGAGAAGAGUCCUUCCUCGCUUCCUCGCCACGCUCUCGCGUCUCCUCGCUUGGAACAGGAAGCGUCACGCCUCCAUGUAUGGGCAAAGCCCCGCCCCCUUCUGCACCGUCAUCGCGUGACGUCUCCUCUCCCGUGGGUUUAGAGUUUUGGCUCCCGGGAAAGAGUGCAGUCCUCGGGGAAAGAGGGCUUAGUUUUGCAUGUUCCCAUCCAGCGUGCGCGACGAGAACAGGGGCCCCCUUCUCCACCUCUCCUCUCCUCUUGCGUGUACGUGGAACACCUUCCACUGGUGAGCAGCCUUCCGUGCGUGUUUGUCUUGUGUGCCGGAGCAGAAGAAGAAGAAGAAGAAGCAGCAGCACCUUUUUACAGGAGUGUUCUAUUUUUUUCCCAACAAGUCCUGAAGGUUUUGGACGGCGGUUCUUCGGGGAUGUGUCCACUUUGAGAGCAGCACCGCAGCACCAAUAAGUCCUUUUUCUUCCCCUCACAUAAAGCAGAAAAAAUAGCGAACAAUUGAGUUUGUGCGCGUGUGGAUAUCCGUCUUAACUUAAGUAGAGCACUUUGAGAAUUGCUCACAUCGGACGGAGCCGAAGAGGGAGACCAGACCUGUGGACUUGUGCCGCCAGACACUCGCCCCUUCUCGCCCUGAAGGAUACCAGCGCGCCCGGUGUGGUGGACCCUUUCCUGUACCCCCCACCUCCGCUCUUCUUCACGCAGGAGGCUCCCGCACAUUUGUCCUCAAUGUUUGGGAUUCAGGAGACGAUACCGCGGGGCGGGACCACCAUGAAGGAGGAACCGCUCGGUGGGCUCAACUCGGUCCGCUCGUGGAUGCACACGGCCGGGGUGGUGGACGCCAACACGGCCGCCCAAAGCGGAGUCGGCCUGGCCCGGGCACACUACGAGAAGCAGCCCCCUUCCAACCUCAGAAAGUCCAAUUUUUUCCACUUUGUGCUCGCCCUCUAUGACAGACAGGGCCAGCCGGUGGAGAUCGAGAGGACUGCUUUUGUCGACUUUGUGGAGAAAGAAAAAGAGCCAACCAGUGAAAAAACGAACAAUGGGAUACAUUACAAACUACAGUUAUUGUACAGCAACGGCGUCAGAACAGAACAGGAUCUUUACAUUCGGUUAAUCGAUUCCAUGACAAAGCAGGCCAUAGUUUAUGAGGGCCAAGACAAGAAUCCAGAAAUGUGCAGAGUUCUUCUCACUCAUGAAAUCAUGUGCAGCCGAUGCUGCGACAAGAAAAGCUGCGGCAACAGGAACGAGACCCCGUCAGACCCGGUGAUCAUCGACAGAUUCUUCCUAAAGUUCUUCCUCAAGUGCAACCAGAACUGUCUGAAGAAUGCAGGGAACCCACGAGACAUGCGCAGAUUCCAGGUUGUCGUAUCGACGACCGUCAAUGUGGACGGCCACGUGCUGGCCGUCUCUGACAACAUGUUCGUACACAACAAUUCCAAGCAUGGGCGAAGGGCUCGCAGACUCGACCCUUCAGAAGCAGCCACCCCGUGCAUCAAGGCUAUCAGCCCCAGCGAGGGAUGGACCACCGGAGGAGCCACUGUCAUCAUCAUAGGGGACAACUUCUUUGACGGCCUACAAGUGGUGUUCGGCACCAUGCUCGUCUGGAGCGAGCUGAUAACUCCCCACGCUAUCCGCGUCCAGACUCCACCUCGGCACAUCCCCGGCGUUGUGGAAGUCACGCUGUCCUACAAGUCCAAGCAGUUCUGCAAAGGUGCCCCCGGGAGAUUCGUCUACACUGCCCUGAACGAGCCCACCAUCGACUACGGCUUCCAGAGGCUGCAGAAGGUCAUCCCCAGACACCCCGGCGACCCCGAAAGGUUACCAAAGGAGGUGCUACUGAAGAGGGCGGCUGACCUCGUGGAGGCCCUGUACGGGAUGCCCCACAACAAUCAGGAGAUCAUUCUGAAGAGGGCAGCUGACAUCGCCGAGGCCUUGUACAGCGUUCCCCGCAACCACAACCAGAUCCCCUCCCUCGCCAACACAGCCUCCCACGGCAUGAUGGGAGUCAACUCCUUCAGCAGCCAGCUAGCAGUCAACGUGUCCGAGUCACAAGGGAACGACCAAGUGGGCUACAGCCGGAACACCAGCAGCGUGUCCCCCCGGGGGUACAUCUCCAGCAGCACCCCGCAACAGUCCAGCUACAACACCGUCAGCAACAGCAUGAACGGCUACGGCAACGCCGGCAUGAACCUGGGGGUGCCGAGCUCCCCGGGGUUCCUCAACGGAUCCUCUGCCAACUCCCCGUAUGGAAUUAAACAAAAGAGCGCCUUCGCCCCCGUGGUCCGACCCCAGGCCUCCCCACCCCCCUCCUGCACCAGCGCCAACGGCAACGGACUGCAAGGUGAGCCCCCCUCACCCCCUCAUCCUUUCCCUACGGACUACUGGUCAGAUACCGCUGCUCAGGCCUCUGUCCGGUUUGCCAUGUCCGGCCUCGUCGUCCCGCCAAUGUAAAAAUGCACUUUUUGAGCACCAGUCUACCACUUUCACGGGACAAGCCCCCGCCCCCUCGCUCCCCGCCCCCACCCCAGCACAGGGCGGGUGUAUCAUGUAUAGACGACUGCUUGUUCUUUUUAAAGAUGGAGGUCAAAUUAAAAAAAGGUCAAAAUGACGCCGAAGGCUCACCAGGAAAGAUUUGUUUUUUUUUUCUCUCUGGAACUUUUUUUGUUUUUGUGUGUAUGUUUUUUUUUUUUUGUCCCUGCCUCCCCCCUGCUCCACUGCACCACCCUUGAUGAGGACACCGGACGACGAAGGGUUUAUUUUGCAUCCCUGUUGGCGGGCGCGUUGCAUCCGCGAAGGGACUGAGCGUUGUACAAAACACUGAUGUACAGAACAUCUUCCUCUCCUCUCCUCCUCUCCUCUCCUCCUCUCCUCUCCUCUCCUCUCCUCCUCUCUCCUCUCCUCCUCUCCUCUCCUCUCCUCUCCUCCUCUCUCCUCUCCUCCUCUCGGAACGGAUCCGCACACGCAGCAGCCGUGCGUCUUUUCAACGUGACUUUUUUUUCUAUUUUCAACGUGUGCGGGGAAGGAGAAACACGGGGGGGGCAAGACAGUUUCAACUGGAAAUGAUCAGAGAUAUAUAAUGGAGGGGACUUGAGCUUAAAUGGGGUGGGGUGGGGUGGGGUGGGGCGGGGUGGGGGUGUAUCAUGUUUCAUUCCUGCAUUUUAACUUAAAUUUUGUAAUUUAUUGUAGCUAGGAAAAUCAUCUUGAAGGUAAAAAAAAAAAAAAAAAACAAAACACAAAACUUCUCUCGGACUGAACAAGCACACUGAUGUGUAGCCCCCCCACGGCCGUGUUGAUGAAUAUGAUGUACUUCCAUGUCUAGAGCUUCCUUUUAUUACGCGAGUGUUUGCCAUGUUUUGCAGCUCUUUUGCUAGCACUGUAUAUGAAUGCAUUCCUAGCUACUGUGAAGUCUGUUUCUUGUUGGUGAGGAGCAGCCCCCCCUCCUUCUAUAGCAGCUCCAACCCCCUUACGUGUUUUAUAUGUGCUUUCAACAAACAAAACAACAAAAAAAAGAAUUGUAGACUAUUGUGAUAUUGCCAAACUUGUGCUAAAUAUUUAUACAUCUGUCUUUUUCAUGUUCUUUUAGAUCAACUCAAAGAAAAUGUUGAAAAAAACAAAAAAAGAAGCAAGAACCCAUUGAGAACGUCGGCGUGCAGUACUUCCAUCGUCACGUUUCUGUUCCAACACACACUUGCGCUCACUGAGGGAAAUUUUGUAACAUAUCAACUAUAAAUAAUGUAUUUAUCUGGGAAAUUUUGUAUAUUGCUUUUCAUGAUGUAUGUAUUGAUCGUCAUGGCCUUCAUAUCGUCAUGCAGCACACAUCCUGCAGCCUUCCUUUCCUCUUCUUUUCCUCGUGCAUCUACGUCACGUGCAUCUACGUCACGUGCAUCUACGUCACGUGUCUCCUCGACACACUCCUGUUACUCGUCCAACUUUUCUUUCCUUCUUUUUCUUUUACAUGACUUUUUUUUUAAAGGGGAAGUCAAACUUCAUUGUUUAUUUUUAUAUUGAUUUUAAAUUAUCUAUACAGACCAUUUUGGAGAAAACUUUGUUGGUUGUAUUGUCAAAUAAAUUGUUUGUGACCCAUAUGAUAGUUGUUAAGAUCCAAUAGAGACUAAUGUGCAUGAGGGACAACCUUGGAGAUAUUUACAAAAAAACAAGAAACCCCCAAAUCAACAGUCCAUCUGUGCUUGUAUGAUUAUGAUUAUUAUGAUUAUUGUUUUGUAGAAUGUAAAGAAGGUUUUUACUCGCCACUCCUGACUCCUAUGCCACAUAGCUUCCACGUGUUUGCAGGGGAGAACAAUUAAAAACAUUUGGAAUGGAAA